CCCGACUCUGUCUGCCCCUGCCACACCACACCCUCUUCUCCGGCUUGCUUGUCCUCUUGCUUUCAGUUGCUCUCCUGCUCUCCCCUUCCUUCCCCUUCUACCUUGCUGCUGUGCAGCCCUCCCUCAGUGUCUUCACCCCCUUCACUUCUGUGUCUUUCCCUGACCCCACUGUUCUUCCUCACCUCCCCAUUCUCCCCACAGUACAAUGCUUGCACGCUGCACGGUGGGAAAGGCCAGGAGCAGCGAGAGUUUGCACUGUCCAACCUCAAGGCUGGGGCCAAGGACAUUUUGGUGGCUACAGAUGUGGCGGGUCGUGGUAUCGACAUCCAAGAUGUGUCUAUGGUUGUCAACUAUGAUAUGGCCAAAAACAUCGAAGAUUACAUCCACCGCAUUGGCCGCACGGGGCGAGCUGGCAAGAGUGGUGUGGCCAUCACCUUCCUCACCAAAGAGGACUCCGCUGUGUUCUAUGAGCUGAAGCAAGCCAUCCUGGAGAGCCCGGUGUCGUCCUGCCCCCCGGAGCUAGCCAACCACCCGGAUGCCCAGCACAAGCCCGGCACCAUCCUCACCAAGAAGCGCCGGGAAGAGACCAUCUUUGCCUGACACAGACGCUUCCUGGCAGCUUAAGGGCAUGUUCUGAAGCCUGUUCUUCAGGACCCUCCCGUCUCUCUUUCCAGGUCCUCACUCUUACGGGGCCUUAGGAAACAAUCAGACUCCUUGGCCCCUACCCUCAGGGCUGCAGAGGGGGA